AUGGCAAAGAAAUCGAUUGUUACCAUUGACGCCUCCGAGCCGCUCGAGAAGAUCAAUGAAAUCAUUGAACGGGACGGGGGAGUCAUUGUCUCGAACUUCCUCUCGCCUGAGCUUCUACAAGAAUGUUUAGAUGCGGUCGAGCCAUAUUUCGAGCACAGACCGUUGUAUACAUCCACUGCGACUCACAAGGAGUUGGGCAAAGAGUUUUUCUCCCCAGGCUCUCAGCGUGUCUAUGGAUUGUUGGGCAAGAUGCCGGAGCAGAUCACCAAAAUCCUCCGUUUAUCUGUCUGGAAUGGGAUAAUGGACCGGUUCUUAAGCGACGAGUUUUCCUCUUACACGGGCGAGACACUGGUACCCCAGAAGAGUGGCUACAUGCUCAACGCAACAACUGCCAUUCGGCUGGUUCCUGGCGCCAAAGCCCAGCCUUUACACAGAGAUCAAAUGGCAUACCAAAUCCGGCCUGACCCCAGAUAUCCCCUGUUCACAGUCAUGGUAGGAUGUCUGAUUGCAGCUUCGAAAACGACGGUCAAGAAUGGAGCCACCAGAGUCAUACCUGGUAGCCAUCUCUGGGGAGCGGAUCGGGCUCCCAAGCCAGAGGAAGCCGUCUACGCAGAGAUGGAGCCUGGCUCUGCCCUGUUCACACUUGGCUCUACAUUUCAUGCCGGUUCAGAGAACAAGUGUGACCCGAGCGAUCCGCUAGCGUUACGGACGCUGUUUGCCGUCUUUGGUCAGCGGGAUUAUUUCAGACAACAUCAGGAAGAGGUGCUUUCGACGCCGAUUGAAGUCGCCCGCAAGCUUCCGGACGAUAUAUUGAAAAUCACCGGUUACUACAAAGCUGUUGGCGGCGUUGGUUAUGUGGAAGACCACCAGGCGCCAGUGGAGUUCUUGCACCAAGACAACAAUGGCAUUGGGAAGUUCGGGCCCCAAACGGCCACGGUGGGGAUCUAG